AUUGUCAAAGAGCACAAAAGAAGAUAUUCUCUCCUUUCUGUACUCAUAAUACUUUUAAAGCUGACAAGGUUUCGGGUUCAUUUAAGCUUUAAUCGCAUUCCGUUCAGUUGAAAAAGAACGGAUCACUUAAACUUUAAGGAUCACAAAAUGUAAUCCAAUCAUAACAGGUCAAACCUUCCUAAAGAAGAUUGCGAUUUUACCUGGGUGAAGACUACAAAGGUGAGUCAACACUAGUUUGAAAGAAUACAAAACUAUACACAAUGACCCACUUUUCUGGUCUCUUUCCUCUUUAUAUAGAAACAUGACAUGUCAAAAAUGUAUUUUAUUAUAAUUCUACAAUCAAAGACUGGUUUUUAUCCAUCAGCCCAAGUUAAAGUUAAAAAAUGUCACCAAAAUAAAAAUUAAAAAAAAAAUCAAAGGCCAAAAGUCCCAAACCCUAAAAUCCCAACAUUAAAAAAAUCAGACAGCAUCAAGAAAACUGUUGAUCGCCUUCCAUCCACACCGUGAAAAAGGAUUGCCCUUUGCUUUAAUACAGUUCCGUCUCAUCCGCAGACUCUAUCCAUAAUCGCAUUCCGGUUUAAUGAAACACAAAGUGGGCAACCAAUAAAACUGUCAGAACUGAAAACCCUCCAAUCGAUGUACAUUGUCGUGGAAGGGUUCAUUCUCAUAUAUUUCAGUCAGGAAAGUUUGCAAGUGAACAGUUGUGCAGCUCGGCAAGUUUAGGGAAAUCUCAUUUCCUCUUAUUUCACCAGUCAGUGUGCAAAACACAAUAUUCAAAAUCCGGACACAAGAGAGACCCGGAGACACAGAAUUCAACGAGCUACAACGGAAGAAAGAUUAAUUAAAAGUUGUCCCUCAAGAGAAGGUCCAGUGUUUCUUGAAGUCCCAUUGGAAAUACCUCAUGAGGAACGUAUAUUAUCAAGCCGGUCACUUCUUCCCCGACACCCCCUCCGCCUACUAUGCUUAUCCGGUAGACCCUUCCUCCGCCAUGUGUCUCGAGGUCUUUGCCAUGGACAGCGGGAGGGAGACAAUUACUGGAACAGCUGAAUGUCAACCUGCUCUGUCUGGGUCAGCCACGCCCCCUAGCCGCCGUUACUCGACGCCUGGCUCCUCCCCUUCGUACGACUUUUGCGGUCCUCGGAGUCCCAAUGCGUUGUCCGACAGCGCCAAGAAUGUGAAGCCCCAGUACACGGCGGAGCUGGAUGUGCUGUGUAGAAUCUGCGGCGACAGGGCAUCCGGGUUUCACUACGGUGUCCACUCCUGUGAGGGUUGCAAGGGAUUCUUCCGGAGGACGCUGAAAAAGCAGCUAGUCUAUAAGCCCUGCCAGAUGGGGUCUCAGUGCAAGAUAGACGCAGGGACCCGCAACAAGUGCCAGUACUGUCGGUACCAACGCUGUCUCAACGCAGGCAUGUCUCAAGAUGCCGUGCGGUUCGGCCGAAUGCCGAAGACGGAACGGGAGAAGCUGAUGGCGGACAAAGAAGAACUCUCGAACACCAGCGGCAAGCGCAUCGUUGAGCUCCGCUCACUCACCGACCUCAUCAAAGCGGCCUUCCGGGACGUGUUCCAGAAAACCGUUUUCUUCACCCCGCACGAGACGGUCCUGGCGGGUACAGGUUCGACAUGCCCCGGCUCGACAUGCCCCGGCAUGUCAAAUCCUGCCUUUUCUAUGGAUACUUCGAUGUCCGAAGUACCGGAAGUUCUGCACGCGCUGUCCACAGAGGACUUCUACGACAGGGACAUUUUCUGGCGCUUCCAAGAAGUCAUCAUGCCAGUGUUAGAGGCCAGCGUCAAGUUUGCCAAGCGACUGCCAGGGUUUGCCAAUCUCCCCAUGCCAGACCAGAUCGAGCUAAUGAAGCGCAAUGGCUUCAUGGUCGUCUACCUGACGUUUCAUUCCAUUGUGGAUAACGAUUUCAUUCGACUCGACACAGACAGAGGCUGCUUGAGAAUAUAUCGUCAUUCGCCCCGUCUUUGUGAACAGCUCCAGAAGCUUCUGAACAGACCUCUCAUGCUAGGCGAUCGUCUGCGGAGCAUGAGGCUGACUUCCGGUGAAAUGGCGCUGUUUGCAGCGGUAUUACUAACAUCCGAGCAACCAGGAUUGUGCAGUCCCAAGCCAGUCGAAGACCUUCAGUCGACUGAUCGAAGCUCUGCGCUGGACCUGAAGCACAACCAUCCCAAGGACCGCCUGCUGCUAGCCAAGCUGCUUCUGCUCAUCCCCGACCUCGUGCAGAUCGUGGAAGAAUUUUGCGAGGACCUCAAGAGUCGAGUCUUCGACCGCAGCCCAGAAUUCUCCAAGACCAAGCCACUUCUAAGGGAAAUUUUUGAUCUCUGCUGACGAUGACAAAGCUGUUUAGCUUCGAAACUUUUUUGUCAGUUACUUCAAGGUUUCCUCCUGUGGCUGGUGCAAACUUGAUGUUUUUAUCUGUUGUGGUGUCAGUCUUUUGGUGCUAGAGCGUGCACGAGGUUAUUUGAGGGCGUGCUUGUUGACAUUGAAAAAUUUUAGGACACAGGACAUCGCCGUCGUGUGGACGCCAACGGAUGAUUCUACCGGUGAAUAUCGAUGAAUAUCCUUUAAAAAAGAUCUCAUCUUCAAAGACUUGACUCUGUGAGAUCAUGUAUAGCAGUUUCAUUCACAAGUGGAUAUGCUGUUCUUCCUGCGUUAUGUACAGUUAGAACAGGCAUAGACUGUUGUUAUUGUUGUGUUAUAACUUAUUCCAACUUCUCGGUGUCAUUUGUAUCAGAAUAAUGCCAGUUUUCACGCUUCGACGAUUUUCAGAAGGAAAUCUUGCUUGUUUAUUUGUUGCCAUCGUUCACAGAGAAAUGUUACAACCAAAUAUCAGCAUCGCCAGCAGAACAUUGAAUGAAAAUAAUUUCGUUGUUUUUAUUAUAACCUACCUGAUAUUAACUGGUCUCUCUCGCUGCCUUCAAGUUUCUUUCAGUUUUCAAAUACCGUCUUUUUAAAAUUUGAUGUUUCCUGUUUUCUUAAUGUAUAUCGUUGGUCGUACCUGUUUAAUUAUUACUUUGUAUGAAUGUCUGUGUCUUUCUUUCUGUCUUCUUUGCCUUUUUGAUUUUAGUCUUCCUUUUCUCAUUCAUUCCGGCUCUCUCGCAGUCUCAAUUGCCAUUUUCUUUCUCUGUAUGCACAUCUUUGAAUAUAUAUUCCUCGUCGUGACUUUAUUUUUUUCAAUUUUAUUUCUAUCUUUCCCUCCCCGCUAUUGGUCUUUCACUCUCUGUGUUUGUCAUUCAUUACCCUCUGGAAAUUUGGUGGAAAAUAAGAAGACCAGGUCUAUCAAAGCAGCAUUCUGUUAACCUGUGGUUCUAGAGUAUAGUCAUGUAUUCCUUGCCUACACUGUGUUUUAUACUUUAGUAGAAGUCUUAUUUUCUCUAAGAUGUUACACUUCUUAUAAUUCGUGCGCUGACAGUGCCAGUGUUGAUAAAGCAGAAUCUGAAAGUAGACUUUAGCUUGAAAUUCACUGCCUUUUCAUGUUAAAGGCUGUUUAUCCUCAGCCUUUCUUAGUCAUUAUUCUAUGUCUGAGUGAAUUGUAUAUAUAUAUAUUGUGAGUGAGAGAGAAAGAGAUGCGUGUUAAGUCUUUUAUCAACACAUUAAAAAAUAAAGGUCACGCGAAUUUAAAUGAACGAUUACAAAGUUUGCCUUCAACAAUUUUCUUUGACAUUCCUAUGUCCUGCUGCCUCUUUUUUGAUGAAGUGGUUCCCUUGAAUAUUUUUCCACUGUCAUCUUUGCCUCUACCUGUCAUCUUCGCGUCACAAAGUAACUGAUAGGAUGUUCUACCACCUCCACACCUUCCUACCAUCCCCCCGUAGCAACCCUUUUGAGUGCUUCGGAUAACCACCCUUACCUGGAAACAGAAUAAAAACACGUUUAUCAGACAUAAACACCUCAUGUUUGGUGAUACUACUGAUUUAUAGAAUUUACACGGAGCUCACCAACCUAACCUAUCUCAUGUACACGGUAAAAUGAUUCAGUGGGUCUG